AUUCGACCAGCUCUCAAAUCCAACCUCCCAAGUUCAGGUCAGCAACCCAAAAUUAGAACCAAUAUGGAAGACCAAAAUCCUCAAGUGGCAGUGGUAAUGGUACCACUUCCAGCUCAAAGUCAUCUCAAUCAACUCCUCCAUCUAUCUCAUGUCAUAACCUCCUAUGGAUUACCAGUUCAUUUUGCUGGAUCUGCGAGUCACAAUCGCCAAACAAAGCUCCGUCUCCAUGGUUGGGACGCUCAAAGUUUAGCUAAAAUUCAAUUUCAUGACUUUCAACUCCCUCCUUAUGAUGCCUCACCAACACCUACUUCAACCUCAGGCCACUGUAUCCCUUUUCCUGCACACUUCUAUCCACUUUUCGAAGCUGCCACGCAUCUCCGUAAACCUGUUUUUGAACUCUUACAACAGCUCUCAACUAAGUUCAAAAGAAUCGUUGUCAUUCAUGAUAUUGUACUAGCUUCUGUGGUCCAAGAUGUUAAAUACAUCCCAAAUGCUGAAUCCUAUAGUUUGAUUCCCAUUUCCGCUUUUACUCUCUUCUUAGAUUUCUGGGAAAGCAUGCCAGAGAAACCAUUUCAGCUAGAUUCAGAUGUUCUCCCGAAAUGCAUUCCUUCCCAUGAAGGUUGCACUCCACCAGAGAUUGACAACUUUGUAGCCGAUCAAUUCCAGUAUUUAGGACUAGAGUCCGGAAGGCUCUACAACACAUCUAGACCGAUAGAAGGCAAAUAUGUUGAACUAUUGGAAAAGAUAUCAACAUAUGAUGGGAUAAAACAUUUUGUUCUUGGACCUUUUAAUCCGGUGGAGAUCAAGAGCAUAAGUGGAAAAGAGAGACAUCAAUGCUUAGAAUGGCUGGACGAACAAGAGCAAAAAUCUGUGAUAUAUGUGUCUUUUGGAUCAUCAACAUCACUAAGUUACAAACAGAUCGAGGAAUUGGCAGUUGGGUUAGAAAGAAGUGAGCAAAAGUUUGUAUGGGUGCUUAGAAACUCAGAUACAGGUAAUAUUUUUGCGGAAGGUGAAGGAAGGAAUCCUCAACUACCCGAAGGAUACGAAGAAAGAGUGAAAAACAGGGGAAUUGUAGUAAAAGACUGGGCUCCUCAGUUAGAUAUAUUAGCCCAUCCAUCAAUAGGUGGGUUCAUGAGUCAUUGUGGUUGGAACUCGUGCAUUGAAAGUAUCAGCAUGGGAGUCGCCAUAGCAGCAUGGCCUAUGCAUUCUGACCAGCCAAGAAACGCCGUAUUGGUGACAGAUGUUUUGAAGAUUGGAAUAUUGGUGAGGGAUUGGGCAGACCGUGCUCAGUUGGUUACAUCAACUACUAUAGAGAAAACAGUUAAAACACUGAUGGAUACAGAGGAAGGAGAGAAGAUGAGGAAAAGAGCUGCAGAGCUAGGUGAAGCUGUUCAAGGAUCAGUGGCUAAAGGUGGUGCUGCUCACUUUGAAAUGAAUUCUUUCAUUGCUCAUAUCACCAGAUGACCCUUAUUUAGCAAAAUCCAAAGAUGGUACUAGGCAUAUAUCUUGAAUGUAUUCACCAAAACACAGAUACAACUCUUCCACAUACUUCAGAAAACGAAAACACAUUGUUCGUGAUGUAAUGUUUCAGUAAGGUUGCACUAAGAUUUCAAUGCCAAGAAAUAAUAUGUUUUGUUCA